AUGAAGCUUCCCAGCGCCCAAGAGAUUGAUUUCGACCUCGAUCGAUACAUCAAUCGAUAUCUUCCCCAAUCCCAGGUUCAUCGCCUACCAUGGCCCAUCUCGCGGUUCCUAGGGUACCGACGUGUCCCUCAACCGGAAGUAGGCAAUCUGCUUGUAUGCGCAUGGGCAUUUGUCGGCGCGUUUACCGGACUAAUUCUGGUGAUGGGUGUCUUCAAGGCCAGCGAGACCAUCCAAUCGCAUCAUCCUCCGCUCAUAGUUGCCAGUCUAGGCGCAACGGCCAUCCUGGACUAUCAAACAAUCCAAUCCCCGCUGGCUCAACCGCGCAGUUCCAUCCUGGGACAUGUGCUCGGGGCCGUGGUCGGAGUUGGAGUCACCAAGCUGUUCAUGCUGCGAUCGGACUUUGAGGAUCUCCGCUGGGUCGCCGGGGCUGUCUGCACCGCUCUGGCGUCGUUGGUGAUGGGCCUGACCAACACCGUCCAUCCACCGGGGGGAGCCACGGCACUGCUGGCGGCGGUGGAUCCCACCAUCGACGCAAUGGGAUGGUUCUUCGUCCCGCUGGUUCUCAUCGGGUCGUUGCUGAUGCUGGGAUCCGCGUUGGUGGUCAACAAUAUCCAGCGUCAGUUCCCCAUGUUCUGGUGGACGCCGCGGGACGUGGGCCGGAAGAGGGGUCCACCGGAUAUCGAGAAGACGUCGGAUGUUCCGCAGGAGAGUCGGGAACGACGGAUAAGUCGUGCGGUGGGACUACUGCGGGAGAAUUCAAUCGUCAUCACACCGAAUCAGGUGGUUAUUCCGGAUGGGUUCACGCUGGGACUGGAGGAGAAGGGGAUUCUCGAGGUAUUGAGGGAUCGCUUGAGAAACCCAGAGCAGUUUGAGAGUAGCGAGGGAGACGUCAGCAGUACUGAGAGUUAG